AUGGCAGGCAAUCUAUUACCAUUUUGGUGUUGUUUUUCAAUAAUUGCCUUAAUUUGUUUGGCACGCGCUAGCGAUAUUAGUGCGACUUUUAACGAAUAUACUCCUGUGGUACCUGAAGUACCAGUAGAGCAUAUAAAUAUCCGGGUUGAUUCGAACCUAUACGCUGGAAUCGUAUUAACAAUAUGGUAUAUUGUCGUCAUACUGCUUGGAUACAGCGGAUGGAUUGAGAUUGAACGGAAGUUCUCUUCGGAAAAAGAGUUGCCCAAGGAGGAGUUGCAGGAACUGGAGCCCGUUACAAUUAUUCGCCCAUGUAAGGGUGUUGAUACCGAAAUGAUGACAUGUUUAGAAUCAUGUGUAAAACAAGAUUUCCCAAAAGAUCGAUUCGAAGUUAUAUUUUGUGUGGAGAAUAACAAGGAUCCAAGCAUUGAGAUUAUUCAGCAAAUAAUAGCAAAGCAUCCUGACCACCAAUUGAGUCUAUUAAUUGGAGACAUGGACUACUUCGGACCGAAUCCCAAGAUCAACAAUCUAUCCAAGGGUUACCGAAUGGCAAAAUAUGAUAUUAUAUGGGUUCUAGAUUCUAACGUGUGGUGUUCACCGGGAACACUAGCAAGAAGCGCUAUGAGUCUCCAGAAAUCGCUGGACAAUGGGAGACGGACAAACAAGCCCGUUGUUCUUACACAUCAUGUACCACUAGGCACUAGUAUUGACAAUCAGUCAUACAGCGGUCUGUUGGAUGAAAUGUUUUUGUUUUCAAGUCAUGCCAAAUUUUAUGUUGCAUUUAACUAUGUGAGUAUAGCUCCGUGUGUCAACGGUAAGAGCAACCUUUACAGGAGGUCGCAUCUGGAGAAAGCUGUUCGGAUGAUAGGCGAUGGAACUAGACGUAGUAAUAUGUUUGCCAACAAUGAAAUAAAGAGAUUAGCUCACAGAACAAUGAGUAAAGGGACCGAUCCCCAAUGCGUUCCGAAUCGCGUUACCAAGGUUACAUUCGAUGCCAAAGCGGACGAAUUAAAAAAAGAAGAAAUAGAGGGUGCAGAUCAAGGGAAGUACCAUGCCAUUGAAUUUUUCAGUACCUAUAUUGGUGAAGAUAAUAUGAUUGGCACGGCGCUAUGGGACAUGUUACGUGGAAGAACUGGUAUGACAGGUGAUGUUGUAAUACAGCCGUUCAAGUUCAAUCGUGCAGAAGACACAUGGCACAGCUACAUCGCAAGGAGGAUCCGGUGGUUGAGAGUACGUAAGUAUAUGGUACUUGCUGCUACACUACUGGAACCAACAACAGAAAGCAUUGUAAUUGGCUUGAUGGGAUCCACGGGAUUAAAAAAUCUGUUCCAAUUAAGUCUAUCCACGGCGCUAAAAAUUUUCGUUUGUCACAUGACACUGUGGUGUAUUUCCGACUGGAUACAGUACCGAACUUUAUCCAAAAACACGGUAACUGACAAUGCCGUGAAAGAAAAUGACAGAUUUUCGUAUCCACAUUUUACUCCGGGACUGCAUCCCAGAACAUUUCCCGAAUGGAUUGGCAUUUGGUGUUUAAGGGAGCUACUGGCAUUGCCGAUAUGGAUCAAAGCAAUGUGUGGUUCUGUCAUUCAGUGGAGGAACAGGCCCUUUAGGAUCAAACCUGACUUGACGGCGGAAGAGCUGUAG